AUGGCUUCACUCAGCAGAUCCUGUCAGCCCUCCCCAGAGCGUUUCAAGCGCAACAAGGGAACCACGCUCACUGGCUCUGAUCGUGCACCCUCUCCCAGCGAGGUUUCUUCAGCUGGUGACAGCGACGUUGGCGGCGCUCGCCUCGAUACUUUGUCUCCGACUUGCCGUGUCAGCGCAGAUGACCGGGACGAUGUAUUCGUUUCUUCGCCCACCAAGCCGCUGAGGGAGCGACGCUCGGAGCGCUCCAUCACGGCUGGCAAUAUGCAGCGUCUGGAUGUCGCCCUGGCCAACGGAGAACACACUCUCCGAACCCGCGCGUCGAACGUGAGUAGCCGCCACCAGAUCGAUGGUGUCGACGCCCAGAAUCUGUACCCUCCCACUGCCUGCGUGUUCGUCGCGAACCUUCCCGAGCCCAAGGAUGAUCUGAAUCUCGAGGCAGCCAUCUACCGAGAGUUCCUCAAAUAUGGAAAGUGCUGGGUCAAGAUUCGUCGUGACUCUCAUCAUAUGCCCUUCGCCUUUGUCCAAUUCACAUCGGACGAGGAGGCGAGGAGCGCUCUGGAGAAUGGCAAGGGAGCAAUCAUUUGCGGUCGCCCGUGCCGCACCGAGAUGGUCAAGGCCAACCGCACCUUUGUCAUCCAGAAGAAGUCAGGCAACCCUAUAACAGUCGAGGAGGCUCAGAACACCUUACUGCCUUACGGCUCGCUGAGCAAGUGCGAGUUCCUGCACCCUCAGCUACGAGAGCCUCUUGAAUUCCCUCCCACAGUCCUGGUUGAGUUCUCAAUGUUCGAUGCGACCCGGGAUCUUCACACAGCCUUCCGCCACGAUCCUGUCUACAUUGUCACGGCUUUUGACCUCAAGAAGCACUGCGCGGCCACUCGUGACAGCACUGACGAGGCAUUCCUCGCAGCGUGUGAGCGAGACCGUCGCUCCGUCUUCGUUGGAGACUUGCCAGCGCAUGCGACCGAGGGCGAUCUUGAGGAGCUGUUCUCGAACACUGGAGAGGUCCUGAAGGUCAACGUCAUCAAGAAGGUGAAUAAUUCUGGUAUCGCGCGAACCAUGGCGUUCAUUGAGUACUCCCAGCCUGAUAUGCCGGAGGCCGCAAUCAGCAAGUUUCACGGCAGUGUCUUCAAGGGAGCCGUCAUUCGAGUUGAGCGCAAGUCUGUCAAAGACCGCGGCCCAACACCUCGUCAAUCUCGGUCUCAGCUCCUACUUCGCCAGGCAGAGGACUCACCCAUUGCGCCUGGCCCGCCCAAGUCUCCUGGCGUCCAGGUUGUCAGCACCCCCACUCGUCCGACUGCUAUUUCGGCCGAGAUGUCUCCUGUGCCUGUUCCUCCCCCGAUGUACGGCGGAUGGGGCUAUGGCAUGCCAAACUCGCCUUAUGUGCACCAGAACUACGCGACGGGCUAUGGCGCUCACCCGGGCGCUUCGGGCAUGCCAAUGACGCCUCAAGCAACCCCUCAGAUCCCCAGCCCUUGGACGUACUACAACAGCUACUGGCCUGGCAUGAUGGGAUACGAUCCAUCCUCCUUCUACAUGGGCCCCUACACGUUCCAGUCUCCCACUCCCAUGAUGGGCGGCCGUACCGAGGACACAAAGGGCCAGUCAACCCCUACUCGCAAUGGCCAUGGCACCGUUGAGAACGGUAUCGACAAUGGUCACGGUGAGGAUUAA